ACUAUGUCGACAUAACAGAGAGGCAAAUUAAACCAAAUUAGUUUCUGCUCAAGUCUUUGCGGCCAGGCUACCUUAAACUCGCCGUAUAUUAACCGGGAAAUUAACUUCGGUAUUAUUCGGAGUCCUUAAACAUGAGUCGGCCGUCGAUCAACGUCAGUGUCAUGACCCGGAAGGUCGACGUCGACAAUCGAAUACCACUUCGCAAUUACUAUCGGAUCGCGGAUAAUAUACUCCGGCAGGCAAAUAUCUACCGGGGAGAGAAGAACAUUAUUGAUUUGUAUAUAAUGCUGCUUAGAUAUUCCAGUUUGUUGACUGAAACUAUACCCUGCCAUCGAGAUUACCUGGCUCUGUAUCCAAAAGAAAGAACAUCUUCAAGAAAGACACUUUUAAGAGUGCUAGAUGAGCUAGAGGCUCUAAAGCCAACGUUCCUACGUCAAGUGAAUGAACUGGAAAAACGUCAAGUGACAGCUCAACCUUAUCAACUUGAGUGUUCCGAAAUUACUCCAACUGUAUCAUCAAGGAAUUCUUUAGGGCGGCCCGCAUUGGACAAUAAAGCAUCUUCAGGCUAUGACAAUAAGUGGUUUAUCGCCAUCCUCCUCAUGCUCCCUACCUUCAUAAUGGAUGAAUCACAGGCUGUCAGCAGCACAACUUCUUCAUGGAAGCAGAACAAUGAUCACCCUCAAGUUUCAUCAUUGAAUUCCAUAGACUUGCAGUUCCAAAAGCUAUCUCUCUCUUUACCUCUUCCAAAGCAAGAAACACUGUCAAGGCACUCCCUUUUAGGCCCAAAUGGUCUUCAUGGCCAAUGGCAUGGACCUAGUGCUGAGAUAAAGGUGAACUAUCCAACCAAUACUUAUUUGGAUUCAGAUGAUAUGUCAAGCCUUAAACAGGUUGGACACUAUGAUCCCAUUGCGUUCAAGGAUGCUGACUCAAAAGUGGAUAAUCCUACCAUGGAAUCAGUUCUCUCAUUGGAUGAUGGUAGAUGGUCGCAGCCUACUGAGGAUGCCAGCUCGUUUUAUGAUGAUGUGAGGAAUGAUUAUCUUUCAUCAAAUAUUAUUCAUCAACCUUCUCCCCCUCCUGUCCUUGCCCAAGUGCAACAAGAGUAUCGGCCAAUUUCUCCCUCCAGAGUUGCUGAUCCAAGACCUGGGCCAGUUAAACCCCAGGAUGGGAUGACUGGUUCUAAUGCUUAUCAACAUCUGCAUAUUCCAGUGAAGAUGAUGGACGAUUUCUUGAGGUUAGCACGAGCUAAUACAGCAAAAAACUUAGAAACAUGUGGUGUUCUUGCUGGUUCACUGAAGAACAGAGUAUUUCAAAUCACUAACCUUAUAAUUCCAAAGCAAGAAUCAACAUCAGAUUCAUGCCAGACAUUGAAUGAAGAAGAAAUAUUUGAGGUUCAGGACAAACUUUCUCUUUUUCCUCUUGGAUGGAUUCAUACCCAUCCAUCUCAAACAUGUUUUAUGUCAUCAGUUGAUCUGCACACACAUUACUCCUAUCAGAUUAUGUUGCCAGAGGCAAUUGCAAUCGUCAUGGCUCCUACCGAUGAAUCCAGUCCUCAUGGUAUCUUUCAUUUGUCUGAUCCCGGUGGUGUAUCCGUAAUUCGAAACUGUCAACAGCGCGGUUUCCACCCGCAUGAAGAAGCUGAAGAUGGAAGCCCCAUCUAUGAACACUGUUCUCAUGUGUAUAUGAAUGCAAACUUGAAGUUUGAUGUAGUAGAUCUUCGAUGACUUUGCAAUUUUGUUUAUCAUUAUCUGAAGCUUAGGAGAACCUAGCUUGUACAGCUUUUAUUCGCACAAUAUGCUGUCAGCCUAUACUAUUACAUUUUUUGUAAAUUUUUACUCAUGCAAGAUUGGUAGAGUUGGGGUAUUGAAUUUGUUUUUUCUCCAUAUUGUGUCAACAAUCCUGAAUGCUAUGGGUAUUAAUUUGAGAUUUAAUA